AUGCGUCAGCGAGGGCUGGGAAACAGUAGCAGCCAGAUCCAGCGCAAGCUGCAGGAGCAUCAUGCUGAGGUCUGGUUACAAAAGACAGUCCAGUAUCUGACAGAUUGCAAGGGGAUUGCCAGUGCUGUCAAGUCGAGCCUGAUCCUGCCUGUGACAUUUGAACCUGUUCCUUCAAUGCCUUCUGUCCCUAAGCACCGGUGGCUGAUGCAGGUGUAUGCCCAGGAUGUCCUGCAACGGCUGGAUGAGAUCAAGGCCACUAUCACAUCACAAUAUGCCAGUGAAGGUUUUGGUCUCGGGCCAAUGAUUGAAGGCCUCAUCAAGCGAUACAGAGUGGCUGGGGUGGCUCCUCCCGAGGUACUAUAUGUCGACCGAGACUGCUGUGGCAACACUCUUCUGAGGAGAAUGUUUGAAGAGUGGGAGCAAAUGACCAUCCGGUUAGACGUAUGGCACUUCAUGCGGAUGUUUUCUGUGGGUUGCACCACUGACUCUCACCAGUUGUAUGCCACAUUUAUGAGUCGCCUCAGCCACUGUAUUUUCAUGUGGGACCAGGACGACCUGACGGCCCUGAAGAAGGCGAAGUGUGCCGAGCUAGAAGCUUACUGUAAACCAUCAUCUGAGGCUGAUGUGUUGCGCCAUAUCAGCCAUAGCGAGCUAGCCCUACAUUGCAGGAGAACCACUCGCGGGACCAAGGAGACCCUGACGAUGAUUGAGAGCCAUAUUCAGGCCUUUAAUGGUGAUGCUGGUCGUGACACUCUGGGAGUCCUACUAAUUAACUCAGACCGGAUGAGAGAGAUCUUGAAGUCCAAGCGGAAGCAUGUGGCCUGCAUCCAGGAUCCUCUAGGUGUGCCGCUCUACACGCAGACGGGCACUCUAGUGAAGGGAGGGCACCGUCUGCCAACCUACCACUGUGCCAGAGGUUCCACUUGGCUGGAGUCAUUUCACCUGCACCUUAACAGAUUCAUCCGAGGUACGCUGGCAAGUGACACCUUCUUCCAGGCAUAUCUUUUGGAUGGACUUGCAAGGUGGAAUGAGGACCGGGCUGUGGCAGCAACAACUGAUGUGCAGCAGCCACAUUCCUACAAUCAUCUUCUCCGUCAUGCUGUCAAUACUCUUGCAGAGGAGGUUAUGGGCAAGAAAAUCAUCCCUUAUGUUGGGCCAAGAAACAAACUGGUAAAGUUCCUGCAGGACUACAAGUUGGCCAUUGAAGAGUCCGAGACCACUGAGAACGGCACACCUGCUGCCUCGCAAAGCAUCAGUGUCGGCCAGCCGUCUGCAGCAUCAUCUCCCAACCCCUCUAGCAACCAGCCCCAUGUCAUCCUUUUGGUCCCUACCUAA